CAGAGUCGGCACUCACCAACGAACGAAAUCCUCGUCGGAUUUUCUCCUCCUCAUCUUCAAAAGUCCACGCAACAGUCACGAACAUUCCUGCACUUCGCUUGCGAUGCUCGGGUCGUGUCUCGAGCUCUCGUCUCCCCAGUUUCCUCGCAUACGAGCAGGUCUACAGACGGUUGAUGCUAUGAUUCUGUGGUUUCGAUGCGAAAUCCCGUGAUAUUUUCAGUUCGACAGUGAUGAACUUCGAGUUCCUCAACCAUGUUCCGUGGUUCAGCAGGGUCCAUCCGGAUAAGGAUUUGGGGCCAUCCUUUGGAUCUACCACGGUCUUGAUAGAGCAACCUAAACAAAAGGGUGGUUUCAAUCUCAAGUUGUGGGGAUGGUCCAUCCUUUCCGUUUUUCCAUGGGCUCUCGAUUCCAGAGAUGGAACCAGAAUGCCUCCCACUGUAAAUAGGCAGUUGAAAAGGCGCACUCAAUCUGGUGGGAUAGUUCAAAACAGCGAUAAGGUCAUGACUGUCCGCUUCCGGCCAUAUGUUUCUAAAGUUCCGUGGCAUACAGGGCCGAGAGCAGUCCUCUCUCAGCUAUUCCCAAGAUACGGGCAUUAUUGCGGACCUAACUGGUCGAGUGGAAAGGAUGGUGGGUCUCCCCUAUGGGACCAGAGGCCAAUUGAUUGGUUGGAUUUUUGCUGCUAUUGCCAUGAUAUUGGUUACGACACCCAUGAUCAGGCGAAGCUUUUGGAGGCUGAUUUAGCAUUUCUCGAGUGCUUGGAAAAGCAACACUACAGUAUAAAAGGAAAUGCCCACGUUGCGAAUUUCUACGAGACAAUGUGCAUCACAGGUCUCAAGAACUUCUUAAUUCCGUACAGAGCGCAUCUCGUAAAGCUAACGUCUAGGCAACCUCUAAUUGAUUUUGGUUGGCUGAGCAAUGUGAGAUGGAGGAGUGGAAAUAGUCAGAAAAACUGAAAUGAGCAAGAGUUGUGUGGCCUGACAAGCAGGAUCUGUAUGGUAUCACUUAGUUGACUAGCUAGGUAAUUCAGCCCUGGAUCUUUGAAUGUAUGGUUCUGUAGUUUGUCUUUUGUAUUUGUACCGAAGCUUCUCUGAGUCGCACCUUAUAUAGUCUAUAGAUCACCAGUGGCUAUUUAAACAUGUAUUAUUUACAAUUUGACUUUCUUAAUUGUGCGUGCUUUGUACAUAAACAUCAUUUGUGCCACUGCCCCUCUGUUGCCACAUUCUGUAUCUGAACACAAUCGGUUGAGCUUGUGCACUAA